AUGGAGUGCGAGUGCAAAAGGGAAUAUUUUCCCCAUAUUUUGCUGUUUCAUUUCUGUAAAGGCAAGGAAGCUGCUGAGGCUCGCAAAGAGAUAUAUGAAGUUUAUGGUGUUGACUGCUUAAGAGAACGCACACGUCAGAAAUGGGUUUUUAAAUUCCAUUUUGGAGAUUUUUUCACUCAAGCAAGAUCAACAGAAGUUGAUGAUGACCGAAUCAAAGCUAUAACUGAAUCUGAUUGUCAUAUAACUGCACGUGGGAUUGCAAAGAGGGUAAAUGUAUCACACACAACAAUUGAAAAUCCGAAUUGCAUAAAAAAAGGACGUGUUGUAAUUUUGUGGGAUUACAAAGAUGUGUAUUUUGAGUUGUUUCCAAUAAACCAAACGAUCAAUUCAGGUCUUUUCUGUCAACAACGAAUGAAUCUAGAGAAAGCAAUCAAAGACAAAACGGCCAGAAUUAGCAAAUCAUAA